CCUUCUUCAAAAGCAAAAAAAACCUCCCUUGUUUCCUGUUAAUGAUCAUGGAAGUCAUCUAUAGCAUCCUAGUUCUCAGUUUCUUGGUAGUCUUAGUUGCUAUAAAACAUCUUCAAGAAAACAAGAGAACGCUAAAGCCUCCAAGUCCACCGGCUCUCCCAAUUCUAGGCCAUCUGCACCUCCUGAAAGCUGCCCCUCACCGUGCUCUUCAACUUCUCUCCAUCAAAUACGGCCCCCUGAUUUCCCUUCGAUUUGGGAUUCGUCCUAUACUUGUUGUUUCCUCACCAUCUCUUGCAGAGGAAUGCUUCAGUAAGACUAAUGAUGUUAUCUUUGCUAACCGACCAGGGUCCAUUUCUGGCAAAAUCCUUGCCUACAACAACAGUACUCUCGGGUUCUCUCCUUAUGGAGACCACUUUCGAAAUCUCCGCCGUGUUACCUCCAUCCAUAUUUUUUCUUCCGCUAGUCUCCACAACUUUUCCUCAAUCUGGACAGAGGAAAUCCGUUUCAGUGUCAAGAAAUUGUUCUCAAUGAACUCUGAUGACAAAGUGUGGAAAGAUGUAAACAUGAACUCUGUGUUCUUGGAUUUGGUAUUCAAUGUGAUCAUGAAAAUGCUUGCAGGGAAAAAAUGGCCAUCUGAUAAAACAGCUGAUUUGUUUCCGCUGAUCUCCGUCAUGGGUAUUUGUGAUUAUGUCCCUGUCUUGAGAUGGAUUGGAUUUCGAGGGUUGGAGAAAAAUUUGAUCAAUUUACAGCAAAAGAGGGACAAAUUAUUCAGGGAUCUCAUUGAUCAAACUAGGAAAAAGGAAGGUGAAGGUGGCUCAUGCUCGACUGAGCAGAGAAGAACUGUUAUCCAAGCAUUGCUGUCGCUUCAAGAUGCUGAACCUGAAUUCUUAACUGAUGAAACUGUCAAAGGGAUCAUGCUAAUUAUGUUCACUGCUGGAGUACACACUUCAGCACUGACCAUGGAGUGGGCUAUGUCCCUUAUGCUAAACCACCCCCAGGUAUUGAAGAAGGCAAGGAGUGAAAUAGACUACAACGUUACACAAUCAGGGCAAUUGAUUGAGGAUUCAGAUCUCUCCAAAUUGCCAUAUUUGCGUUGCAUAAUCAAAGAAACACUUAGACUUUUUCCUGCAGCACCAACUCUUGUGCCUCAUUAUUCAUCUGAGGAUUGCACCAUAGGAGGCUUCAAAAUUCCUAAAGGCACAACUUUGUUAGUAAAUGCUUGGGCUAUUCACAGAGAUCCGAAGGUUUGGGAAGAGCCAGCCAAGUUUAAGCCAGAAAGGUUUGAGGGAAUUAAUGAAGGGGCUUGCGAUGAAGGGUUCAAAUUUAUUCCAUUUGGAAAAGGUAGGAGGGCUUGUCCAGGUGCUGCCUUAGGCAUGAGAUUUAUUAGCCUGACGUUGGGAACAAUGCUACAAUGUUUUGAUUGGGAAAGAGUAGGGCCUCAAUUGGUGGAUUUAGAAGAAAAAUCUGGUAUGGCUUUGGGCAAGGCCAAGCCUUUGGAAGCAUUGUUCAGGCCACGCUCAUCCAUGAUUGAAUUGGUUUCUCAGCUUUGACUAAAGAACAUGACUGGUUGUUUUUGAAGAUUGUAUCAUAACUAGCAAGAUGAUACCGUGCUUGCGCACGGUGAGACAUUAAGGUGAUGCCCAAUAUGAGGUGAUUUGCAUGUAAUGUAUGGUUGUACUUGUUAUUUUGUUUAAUGAAUGAAAUUAAGACAUUAUUAAUAAAAAAAUGAAUAGGUGAGGUAGCUGCAUAAGAAAAGAUAUUGAAAUGUACGUGUAUGGUUUGUGCUAUGAAUGAGAAGGAAGUUAAUAAAUUCAAUGAGGAAAAAACAUGUAGUUUUAUUUUUC